GUGGGUUAAAGUUUCAGUUUUUUUGAUACAGUACUUUAGUAUUGACAUUAAGUUUCAGAAAAUGGUGAAAAAGAAAAAGAAUAGUGAAAAAAUAUAUAUAUAUAUUUAACAUUAUUUAACUACAAGUAAACAUUACCUGAUCUUAUAAUCAGCCAAGUUCUUCAAUAUUUUAAUCAACACGGAAAAAAAAUAUUGUGACUGUAAAAAAGAAGAAACCUUUUUAAGCUAUGGGUUUUUAUGAAUUACCAGAAUGGUCAGUUAAACUAAUUAUAAUAAUUAUUUUAUUUUUAUUGUGCAUGAUAUUUGGUGUUGUACCAUUAAAUCUUUCACGAAGCUCCUCAUUUGAAGGAAGAGUUUCUCCUACUCGCAAUCUGCUUAUUAGUUUGUCAAAUUGCUUUGCUGGAGGGGUGUUUUUUAGCACUGUUAUUCUUGAUUUAUUUCCAUUGGUAAAGUUAACAGUAAAUAAUGCACUAAUAUCUGUUUAUAUUGAUACUGAUUUUCCGCUAGGGGAUUUUAUUAUUGGUAUUGGAUUUAUCUUUAUGUUAAUAUUAGAGCAUAUAGUUCAUUCUUGUUGCCAUCCUAAUCAGUUAUCUUAUGAAGCUCCUAAAAAUGUUAAUAGUAACCAGGAUGAAUUAUCAUGUAAUGAAAAUAAUCAUCUUUUAUCUCAUGACAACAACUUAGAUAUAGUUACUGAUAUUGAGAUAAACAAUUCAGAAAGACAGCUGCAACAAGUUGAUAUGCAACAAAACUAUUCUAUCAUCACGGAAAACAAUACUGUUGAAAAUGAACAUGUCUUAGAGAAAAGUUCUAGUACUAAUGAUGUGUUUUUUCCUGUACCUAAAAAACAUUACAACAGCAAUAGAGUAGAAAGUAAAAGUCUUGCUUCAAUUCAAACUAUUGAAAAAGUUAAUUUUCGUGCCUAUGUGUUAGUAUUUGCUAUAUCCCUUCACUCUUUAUUUGAAGGGUUAGCAGUUGGUCUUUUGAACAAAACGUCCGAUAUUGUUGAAUUGUUUGUAGCUUUGGUUAUUCAUAAAAGUAUAAUUGCAUUUUCAAUUGGUGUUCAACUAGUGGAUGCUAAAAUGAGCUCUCCUACAGUUGUUUUAUGUUUGGGAAUAUUUUCUUCUAUGACUCCUAUUGGUAUUGGAUUAGGAAUGGCUGUCCUCAGUUCUUUUAACUCCUUGGCCCUUCGGUUGUGGUUUUCAGGGGUAUUACAAGGAAUUGCAACUGGCUCAUUUUUGUAUGUCACUUUUUUUGAAGUUUUACCUCAUGAGUUGAGUAUUUCAGAUGAAAAAAAACUUUUAAAGAUUCUUUUUGUCAUUCUUGGUUAUGUUGCUAUCACAGGCAUAUGUUACUAUGAAAACCGAUUUUAUAAACUUAGUCAUGAUCAACCACUUCCUCCGACAAAGAACCCUAACUAAUAAAAAAGUUUUUUUAAAUAGUUUUUGUAAUUUUUAUAACAUUUCUUAGGUUUAUAAAAAAUUAUUAUUUUUAAUAACGAUUUUUGUGUUUUGUUAA